GUCAGUGUCCGUGUGGGUCAGGAGAAUCAUGGGAAAGCUUCAGGAGUUUGAGAUCGCGUUUGACGACAAGAAAGUGGUGUACAGUCCGGGAGACUCCAUCUCUGGGACCGUGAGGAUCAAACUGGGCCAGGCUCUGCAGUGUAAAGCAAUCAAAGUGAACUGCAAUGGUUUCUGUGGCAUCACAAGUAAAGUUAACGACACGGCGUGGUCAAUGGAAGAGCAGUACUUCAACAGCAGUGUCUCUGUAGCUGACAAAGGAACCCUGAAACAGGGAGAACACACUUUCCCCUUCAAGUUUCUCAUACCAGAAACGGCGCCAACAUCUUUUGAAGGAAACUACGGUCGGAUCAUUUACAGAGUGAGGGCUUUUAUCGACACGCCGCGGUUUGCAAAAGACUACGACACAGAGAAACCUUUCUACAUGCUCCGACCUCUAAACCUCAAUGAAGUACCAGACAUAUGGGGGAAGUGUUCGUCUGCAGUGACUCAGCAGUUCACGUAUAUGCUGAUGAAGACAGGCACCGUGGUCCUUAAGGCUCAGACUGACAUGAAGGGUUACACACCUGGUCAGGUCAUCCAGGUGAUCGCCUCCAUCCAUAACCAGUCAGGGAAGAACACAGGCAACAUGGCCGCCAGCCUGAUGCAGAGAGUGACGUAUGAGAUGAAGAGGCCUGUCCAUGAUAUGAGAACGAUAGCGGAGGUGGAGGGAGGUGUGGUGAAGGCCGGUAAGGAAGUGGAGUGGAAGGAGCAAAUCAUCGUCCCUCCUCUUCCUCAGUCCUCCCUUGUUGGAUGUGAUCUUAUAAAGAUUGAAUAUUAUGUCAAGGUCAGUAUUAAGUCUCCAGACGUCAUGUUGACAUUACCUGUCCACAUUGGAAAUGUCUCACUGGACAAAAAACUGCGCUCUUCAAAGAAAGCUGCUCCUCCUUCAUCCUCUGCUGCUGAACCUACACCGGCCCCCGUCUCUACCCCCGACACCUCCAUCUCCACUUCUGACAACAACCCCUCGCUGCCCCCUCGCCCUGCCCCUAAACCAGCCCCCCGUCCCACUCCUCGCCCCAGGAUGUCCUCCAGUCAAACCCCAAGCGCUCCCCCUGCUGAUUUACAGCAGGGGGCCGAGGGCGGGGCUCCGAUGAAUGAUGGCUACCCUAACAAGCGCCAGUCUCAGCUGGUGUCACCCAACGCCUUCAGCUAUGCCCCCGGCCUCUUCUUCUCCCAGAACCAGCAGCAGAACGAGCCCCGUACAGUACCUGAUGGGUCCGCAGGGGCCACAGCACCGUACCCUACUGGGGGGGCCACCGCCAUGCCAACCCCUCACAUUCUGCCGCCAGACUACAGCACGUCAUCUUACCCACAUGAGGCUCCUCCUUCUUAUGACGAGAGCUGCAACACAUAAAGGACCUGGGAAUCUCCUCCUGGAUGAAGAUUCAUCAUUAAAUCAAACAAAACCACCAGUUCCAGCUGUAUUCCUUGUCAUUUUGAACCUAAAUGUAAGUUUUAGGUUUCACUGAAUCAAGACUUUGAUUAGAAUUUAAAGGGAAUUACCCCUCAGCUUUGCUGCCCAGUAAGCAAGGACCUUCACUAAUUGCAGUGGGACUAUUCUUCAUUUUACAUACUUUUAUAGCACUUUGAAUAAAAGGAUAGAUAUGGGGUUAAUGCUUAUUUUAUGUGCUGUUCUUUGCAUAGAAGUUGUGUUUUUAGUUAUGUAAAAAUCACUGGCGUCUGUGAUGUCACAUUUUAUGUUUAAAAGUCUGCACAAAACAAAUCAGAUCAUUUAGUCUGAUUAAAUUCUGUUUUUAACUCACAUUCAUAUUUCCUUCCCUUUGAUAUCAUUAUUAUCUGAUGCAAUCAGACUGAAUGGAUGGUUUGCUUUGUUCAGCUCUUUUUAUUUACCCUUGAUCAGUUUUUUAAAGCAAAAUGGCUGGUAACAGUCCAGUCUGAAGUUUUGCUCAUAAAGCUCUGUCAUGAUAAAACCCCUGAUGUAGUUUAGCUUCUGAAUAUUUCUGCCAAGUUUGAUCAUUGUUUAUGGAAAGCCUUUUUAACAUGUAAUUUUAGAGGAUCACAAUCAGACACAUAAACAUUGUUAUCUAGACUGGGGGAUUACCCUGCCCCCCUAAUCCUGCAGCUAUAUAAAAUCGCGAAUCAGGUCAUUUCAAUACAGUCUGUUGUUAGCCCAUGUCACUGCCUUCAUUGAAGGUCAGCCGCCAGCUACAUGCUGUGUUUUUGUUCAUUGUCAGGUACAUUUUCAAAAUCUUUAAGCCACAGUGGUCUAUGGGUUAUUAAACGUAUCAUAACAGAGAGAUUUGUGCCAGAAAACAGUAAAUCUACUCCCCAAUUUCUGUCCCUCUGAUUUGGCACAGAGCAAGGCAGCUGUGCUCUGCCUAGAGUUCACCCUAAGGUCAGGGGUCAGGCUAAUUUCUGGAGUGCUUGUCUAUUUUUCACUUUAACCAGAGGCAGCAGGAACAAACAUUUUACCUGCUGAAUAUGUGUUUUAAUACAUAUUUCACAUUUCUUUGGUCCUGGAUGAUUAAAAGAAGCAGACUGUGACUGUCUCUCUCCAAGCAGCCACAGUUCAUGUCUGUUAGCAUUGUGAUGCUAAUGUUUAGUUAAUUACUCAAUGAUAGACAUGGUCAAUUCCUGCCAAGUCUUUUACAAUAAAAGCCUCCAAUGA